ACGUCAGUUCUAGGACCGAAGACGCUAGUGUUUUAUAUAAAUCCUUGCCUUUUUGGUUUCCUAGGGAUUUGAAUUAAUAGUCCGCAACAUGUCUAAGGGUCGUGGUGAUGGAAAGAGUAGUCAUAGAACUUCUGUUUUUUCCGAAGACAACUCGAAAUUGGAAUGGAUGUAUAAAAGUGGUUCAGAUCUUCUUAACCGUGAGGAGUAUUUGUUGGGCAGAUCAAUAGAUAAGCAGUUCGAACAGUUGGAUUCGGAAGAAAAGAGCCAAAAGGAUUUGCCUGGUGUAGUGGUUCCAAAAAACCAUGUUGAGCACGAGUGCAUUCCAUUUUCCAUCCGAUCUUAUCGAAAUUUACAAAACAACGAGCAAGUAGAUAUCCAGAGAAAAAUUAUGGAAGACCCUCUGAUGCAGAUCCGGCAAAAGGAAAUGGAAUCGAGGCGUCGUAUUUUAGAGAAUCCGGUAAAGUUAAAGGAGCUGCAUAGACUUUUGAAGCAAGAAGAAAUAGUAAAGAAAUCGAAAAGUUCAAAAAAGAAAAAGAAAAGCAAGAAGAGCCAUAAGAAGAAGAGAGGGCGGAAAGAUUCUAGUGGUGCUUCAUCAUCUAGCGAGGACGAGGACUUGGACAAAUUGCUAGCGAAAAAAUACCGGCAGAUUCGAGAGGAAUUCGGUCCAAACGAUGGAACAUUCAAUUUGAAGAAACUUCUCGGCAAGGAGGGCAGCAACACUUCAACGAGUGCCGCAAGACACAUAAAGGGCGAGACGAAUGAUGCUGAAGAGAGCGACCAAUAUUCGGACGACAAAGGUCCAGACAAACCACCUAGACCUAUUUCAAAACAUCAGUUACCAUCAGAUGAAGUGUCGCGGUAUAGGAAAACGGGAACGUAUGGAAAAGCUGACGAUUAUAGCCAUCGCAGAUCCAGAGCCAGGAGUCGCAGUUAUGAUGAAGGGCGUAAUCCGAAAACGCAUAAGCAAAAAUAUAAUGAACGACGUCGAAACCUGUCACCGGAUCAGGCGGAAAAAGUACACAGAAAUCGAAAUAAAAGCGGUAGUCCCAGGAAGAUGAAAUCUCAUGAAGAUUAUGGCAAGAAUAACAGCCCGAAAAGGAGACAUAGAGAAAGUUCAAGCGAUGGUUUCUCUCCUUUAGCAGCAGCUAAUGAAUUGGAUGAAAAAUGCUGGAAGAAAAAUUACGGCUUAGUGACGGCAUCUGGAGAAAAGAUCGAAUUGAAGGGAACGCUAUCAAAGAUUGAGCCUCCUCAGUCUUCUCAUAAAUAUUCUGCUGAACGUCCCAAAACUGUCCAGCAGCCGGUCAAGAGCAAUCAGAGAGAAAGACUGACUAGCGAGGAGAAAGAACGUCGUUGUCGAGAAAUGAUGAAAAACGCGGAAUGGCGAGACACGGACCGUCGGAAGAAGGUGGAGAAAUACCGAGAAGAGUAUGAACGCGAGGAUGUACCUAAAGAUUUUGACCAGAAUUUUAUCAACAAAGCAAUGCACAGAGCGAUGGAGACACAGACCUCUAUGGAGUCGCGUCUUAAAUCAAAUAUUAAUAACAUUCAGCGAUCGGGUCGAGCAAUGGAAAGCAAUUUCGCUAGAAGAUAGGAUUACGACUUUGUAAAUACACAAAAGAAAAGUUCUCUACUAUUCA